GCAACUUUAGAUGCGAAUGGUUCGUCCCUGCUUUAUUACUUCGUGUUGGAUGCUAAGGCGAAACACUAGUGUUGAACGUUGUGCUGUUUUUACAACAACCCCACAAACUUACUCCCUUUGACUUACGAGUUUUGGAAAAUAUUCGGUGUUGCGACUCCACCCUGAUAGACAUUUCAGCGUAAAAGGGGGAAAAACUUCAAUAAAAAAGAUUAUAAGGACAACCACAACUGUCUAGUGGUUAAAUGGCUGAAGCGUGGCAAGGUCCGCCGAAACAGGGCUUGUACGACCCUCAGUUUGAGAAGGAAGCUUGUGGAGUUGGAUUUAUUGUUGCUAUAGACGGUCGGCGUUCGCAUAAAAUUGUUCGCGAUGCCCAGCGUCUUGCAAUUUCGAUGAACCACCGAGGCGCCUGUGCCUGCGAUAAUGACACUGGAGACGGCGCCGGCGUCCUUACCGCCAUUCCUCAUGAUUUCUAUUCCGUCAAGCUUAGAGAUGAGCAAAACGUCGACUUGCCCCCUUUUGGCAAAUACGCCACCGGAAUUUUCUUCUUGGAUAAACUCCACCACCAAGAGUCCGAAGCGAAGUUCGGCUCUCUGGCAGAGGAACUGGGAAUGUCCGUGUUGGCAUGGCGUACCGUACCAACCGACAAUUCCUCCAUAGGCACUGUGGCUAAAAACACUGAACCUUUCAUGCGACAAGUUUUUGUGACUGUAAAGGGCGAAGUCCCUGAUGAAGAGCUAGACCGACGUUUUUUCAUUCUGCGGAAACGUGCCAGUCAUACAAUUCCUGCCCAAGGCAAACGGUUCUACAUCUGUUCGCUGAGUCAAAGGACUGUGGUUUACAAGGGACAGCUGACUUCCGACCAACUUUGGACCUACUUCCCGGACCUAGCCGAUCCUCUCUUUGAUACUUAUCUGGCUCUGGUCCACACCAGGUUCUCCACUAACACCUUCCCCAGCUGGGAGCGCGCUCACCCCCUUAGGAUGUUGGCCCACAACGGGGAAAUCAACACCCUGCGUGGCAACGUCAACUUGAUGAAGGCCCGUGAGGGUGUAAUGUCUAACUCUGACUACGGGGACACCCUCAAGAGUCUCUACCCCGUAGUGGAGCCCAACCUCUCUGACAGCGGCUCCGCUGAUUGCGUCUUGGAGUUUCUGGUGCAUGCCGGCAACCGGAAACUUCCAGAAGCUGUCAUGACCAUGGUCCCAGAGGCCUGGCACAAUGACCCAACCAUGUCUGAGGAAAAACGCGACUAUUACCAUUGGGCUGCGUGUAUUAUGGAGCCAUGGGAUGGUCCAGCGUUGAUUUCGUUCACUGAUGGUCGUUUCAUUGGAGCUAUUCUUGAUAGAAAUGGGUUGCGACCUUCAAGGUUUUACAUCACUAAAGAUAAUAUGAUGAUUAUGGCAAGCGAGGUUGGGGUUUAUGACGUGGAUCCGGCACAAGUUAUUCUGAAAAGUCGGCUUAAGCCAGGGAGGAUGUUGCUGGUUGACACACAGGCGAAAAAAGUGAUUGAAGAUGUGGAACUCAAGCAGGAGAUUGCGAGGUCUAGGCCACAUUCAGAGUGGCUCAAGGAGAAGAUCACAAUGGAAGAGUUGCGCAAAGCCCACUUGGAGGCCAAUCGUCCCGCUAAACCUUCAUAUGAACCCAGCGGACUUGGCGACAAACGACUAUCACUCUAUGGGUACUCCACCGAAACCAUCCAUAUGCUCCUCUUACCCAUGAUUAACAACAAGAAAGAAGCUUUAGGAAGCAUGGGCAACGACGUCCCCCUUGCUUGUCUUUCAGCAUUCGCCCCCAUCCUCUACGACUACUUCAAACAACUCUUCGCACAAGUGACAAACCCACCCAUUGACCCCUUCCGCGAGAAGGUCGUAAUGUCCCUCCAAUGUCCCAUUGGACCAGAGGCAAACAUCCUCAGACCUGACCCCCAACAAGUCCACCGUUUGUGGCUCAAACAACCAGUUAUCUCAAUCUCUGAUUUGGAAGUCCUUAAAAUGACGACGCACCGCAAUUGGAGCGCGCACGUUAUCGAUAUUACUUUUCCAGCCGAGACUGGAAUUCCUGGUUUUUUGAAAAAACUGCAAGAUAUUUGCGAUGAAGCACAUGAAGCGAGCAAAACGAACCAAAUCAUUGUUUUAUCGGAUAGGAAAGGGGGCAAAGAGCGGGUACCGAUUAGCAGUCUUUUGGCUUUGGGGGCUGUUCAUCACCACUUGAUUGAAAUGAGGGCCCGUAUGAAGGUUGCCCUUGUUGUUGAGAGUGCAGAAGCGAGGGAAGUGCACCAUAUUUGUGUGCUUUUGGGCUAUGGGGCUGAUGCGAUUUGUCCCUAUUUGGCCUUGGAGUUGGCGUCGAGUUUGAGGGAUCAGGGAAUUUUGGAUACUUCGCUAAGUGAUGAGGCGAUUUAUCAGAAUUAUGCUCAAGCUAUGCAGACGGGAAUUAAUAAAGUUAUGGCCAAGAUGGGGAUUUCGACUUUGCAGUCGUACAAGGGGGCACAAAUUUUCGAAGCUGUGGGCUUGGCUGAGGAUGUUAUCGAUAAGUGCUUCAAAGGAACUCCAUCGCGUCUCGGUGGCGUAACCCUUGAAACCCUCGCCCAAGAAGCAUUCGAUCGUCACCGAAACACCUUCUCCGCAGCCACUGACACUAUAGUUCUCCGUGAUACCGGCAUUUUCCAUUGGAGAGCAGGUGGUGAAAAACAUUUAAACGAACCAGCGAGCAUUGCUGCCUUACAGGAAUCUGCAAUUAAUAACAACAAAACAGCAUACGAAAAAUUCAAAGAAUCCACAAUGGAAUCGGUGCGUAAUUGCAUGUUGAGAGGACGCUUCGAACUGCGAACAUUGGACCAACCACUUUCAUUAGAUGAAAUCGAACCGGCAUCAGAGAUUGUUAAACGAUUUGCAACGGGUGCUAUGAGCUUCGGUUCAAUUAGUUUGGAAGCACAUCAAACACUAGCAAUUGCAAUGAAUAAAGUUGGUGGGAAGAGUAAUACAGGGGAAGGUGGCGAAGAUCCUGAACGAUAUCUCGAUCCGCAGAAACGUUCAUCGAUAAAACAGGUGGCUUCAGGUCGCUUUGGAGUCACUUCAUCGUACUUAGCCCACGCUGAUGAUUUGCAAAUUAAGAUGGCACAAGGAGCCAAGCCUGGAGAAGGCGGCGAACUCCCGGGUUAUAAAGUGUCUGCUGAUAUCGCAAAAACCCGUCACUCUGUAGCUGGCGUAGGUCUAAUCUCUCCUCCCCCUCACCACGAUAUUUAUUCAAUUGAAGACUUGGCCGAAUUAAUUUACGACUUGAAAUGUGCCAAUCCACGCGCUCGCAUUUCCGUCAAACUCGUAUCGGAAGUGGGCGUCGGCGUCGUGGCGUCAGGCGUCGCCAAAGGCAAAGCCGAACAUAUAGUCGUUUCGGGUCAUGACGGUGGUACCGGUGCCAGCUCCUGGACCGGUAUUAAAAACGCCGGUCUUCCAUGGGAGCUCGGCAUCGCCGAAACGCACCAGGUGCUAGUUUUAAACAAUUUACGAUCUCGUAUCGUGCUCCAGGCUGACGGGCAAAUCCGUACAGGUUUUGACGUCGUCAUCGCAGCCUUACUUGGAGCCGACGAGAUUGGUUUCAGCACAGCGCCGCUAAUCGUAAUGGGUUGUACUAUGAUGCGAAAAUGUCAUCUAAACACUUGCCCAGUAGGUAUCGCAACACAAGACCCAAUUUUGCGAAAGAAAUUCACAGGACAGCCGGAACAUGUCAUUAAUUAUAUGUUCAUGUUGGCGGAGGAGGUUAGGCAAUUGAUGGCGAAACUGGGCGUUAGGACUUACCAAGAGCUGGUGGGACGCACGGAUUUGCUCAAAGUUGCUGAAAGUGGAAGUCCUAAAGCUAAAAUGCUCAAUUUGAAUCUCAUACUGCAGAAUGCGCUGCAUAUGAGACCAGGGGUUAAUAUUAAAGGGGGCUCGGAGACUCAGGACUUUCAAUUAGAGAAUCGGUUGGAUAAUCAAUUGAUUGAGAAGGCGAAAAGUGUGAUUGAAGGAACACAGAAGACUGUUGACAUCGAGAUGAAGAUAACGAACGAGUGUCGGGCUUUUACGUCGACUUUGAGUUACCACAUUUCUUGUAAAUAUGAUGAACAAGGACUGCCAGAUGAUCAACAUAUUAAUGUUAGACUCACCGGAUCGGCAGGUCAAAGCUUCUGCGCCUUUUUGGUGAAAGGAAUUACAGUGACUUUGGAAGGAGAUGCCAACGAUUAUGUCGGUAAGGGUCUUUCCGGCGGCACCGUCAUUAUCUACCCCCCAAAAACCUCACCUUUUGAAUCCCACUUGAACGUCAUCGUGGGCAACGUCUGCCUCUACGGUGCCACCUCUGGCCGCGCUUAUUUCCGCGGAAUUGCAUCUGAACGUUUCGCUGUACGAAAUUCCGGUGCCACAGCCGUCGUGGAAGGUGUCGGAGACCACGGUUGCGAAUACAUGACCGGUGGAAUCGUCCUCAUCCUUGGUUUAACCGGCCGUAACUUUGCAGCUGGAAUGUCCGGAGGCAUUGCCUACGUCUGGGACAUUGACGGGAAAUUCUCAACAAAAUGCAACCCCGAACUCGUCGAAUUGUGCAAACUUGAGGACAAAGAAGACGUCGAACUUGUCAAAACGCUCCUCCAGGAGUUCAAACAAUUGACCGGGAGCGUCGUAGCUGAGAAACUAAUCAACGAGUUCGAGGAGCGUCGCAAAGAAUUUGUUAAAGUGUUUCCGUACGAGUACCAAAGAGCUCUUAAGCAGAAACAAACCAUUAUUACACAAAACAAUGAACCCAAAAUCCAGGAUAUUGAAGACGCAGUUAGUGAUCUCGCCCUUGAACAAAAGAAACUGGAUAAAGUCCGUGGUUUUAUGAAAUAUCCGCGUGAAACUGGAAUGUACCGUCCAGCAGAGAAGCGUAUGAAAGACUGGGACGAGAUUUACAAUUUCAGUCAUGUGAGAAAAGGAUUAAGGGUUCAAGCAGCACGUUGUAUGGACUGUGGAGUGCCCUUUUGCCAGUCAAACUCACACGGGUGCCCCCUUGGCAACAUCAUCCCCAAAUGGAACGCCCUUAUCUUCCAAAACCAGUGGCGUCAAGCUUUAAAUCACCUCCUCCAAACCAACAACUUCCCCGAGUUUACUGGACGUGUAUGUCCAGCUCCGUGUGAAGGGGCCUGUGUUUUGGGCAUUUCUGAGCCGAGUGUAACAAUCAAAAACAUUGAAUGUUCCAUCAUUGACCAUGCGUUUGAAAACGGCUGGAUCACACCACAACCCCCACAAUUCCGCACAGGGAAAAAAGUGGCUGUUGUUGGUUCUGGACCUUCGGGUUUGGCCUGUGCCCACCAAUUGAACAAAGCGGGUCAUACAGUUACAGUUUUCGAACGAAAUGAUCGCAUUGGGGGGCUGCUCCAGUACGGUAUCCCGACCAUGAAGUUGGGCAAGAACGUGGUCCAGAGACGCGUGGAUUUAUUGGCGGCUGAAGGCAUUACUUUCAAGACGAAUAUCAACGUUGGGAAGGAUAUUUCGGCAAAGGAGUUGAGUGAGGAUUUCGAUGCUGUGGUGCUUUGUACGGGGGCGACGUGGCCUAGGGAUUUGCCGUUGCCAGGUCGGCAGUUGGGUGGAAUUCAUUUCGCAAUGGAGUUUUUGGAAAGUUGGCAGAAGAAGCAGUUAGGAGGGGCGCAUAAUGGGCCACAUGCCAAAGAUAAAAAUGUGAUAAUUAUCGGAGGGGGUGAUACGGGGUGUGAUUGUAUAGCGACGUCGUUGAGACAAGGGGCGGCUUCGAUUACGACGUUUGAGAUUUUGCCAGAGCCGAGCCCCAAAAGGGGGGCUGAUAAUCCAUGGCCGCAGUGGCCAAGGAUCUUCCGGGUGGAUUACGGACACGAAGAGGUGAAGGUCCGUUUCGGCGGCGACCCACGCGUCUUCAGCAUCCUGACGCAGGAAUUCAUUGACAACGGCCAAGGCCACGUCAGUGGUGUGAAAACAGUCAACGUGGAGUGGACCAAAGACGAAAGCGGUCGCUGGCAGAUGAACCAAGUCCCCGGAACUGAGAAAGUCUUCCCAGCUGAUCUCGUUCUUCUAGCGAUGGGUUUCCUGGGUCCUGAACGUGCCAUUGCCGACCAACUCGAACUGACUUUGGACCCGCGUUCCAACUUCAACACUAAAGACUACAAGACCAAUCUGCCAAAUGUUUUCGCUGCUGGAGAUUGUCGCCGCGGCCAGUCUUUGGUCGUUUGGGCCAUUUCUGAAGGACGACAAGCUGCGAGAAAAGUCGAUGAGUUUCUCAACAAGGGGCAAACUACACUGCCGGGACCUGGAGGUAUCAUCCAACCGAGUUUGAACUCUGUCCCUUGCCCCGUUUAAACAUUUCAAUUGGCUGUCUCUCACUGUUUACGCUUUCAGAGUUUCUUUGCAGUUGCAUUGUUACCACUUGAUGUUUUAUUGUUAUACAUGUGAGAACAUAUCUUUUGUUUCUGUUGGAAAGACACACUUUUAUUAACAUAUCUGAAUCCAAAAUUACGUGGCAAAAUUGAGAAAUAUUAGCCUUAGUUUAAAAGACAAUAACAGCAAAAAUGUGAUGAAAUAGUUGUUAGGAAGAACAGCGAAUGUAGUAAAAUUUUUUGUCGUUAUUCCAUUUAAUCCAAGUAUUACCCACGCGAGGUGUGAUGAUAGUAUUUUUAUAAAAACUGCUUCCAAUUUCUAAAUUUAAAAGCCAACGCGUCGUGUUUUCAAUUUUCGUUUAUUUCAAAUUUGUUUGUACAUAUUUUUGUUUAUUUUUAUAAAAAGUAAAUGGUUAUUUGUAAUGUUAAGUUUGUCUGUUUUAAGACUAUUUUGCCUAUUUUUGUCGAAAGUGUAUUACACAUUGCUCGAUUCUAGAAUCGACUUGUAGUCAAUAUUCAAUAAAUAUAGAUGUUGUUACAGCA